CCUCUGGCCGUCGGUGGGUGAGGGUGUGUGUUAGUGCUCAUCGACGCUCGGCUCCAUUUAAUAUUUUUCCCCCUAUAUUGGAGGACAGGAAUUCAGUCUGUUGCAAAUGCUCGAGGUGUCCGCUAGCUGGCAACUGGCCUCUCCAGAGGGAUGCAACCCACAAUAGUUGCCUAACUCCCGAGCACACAGCGUUUCCUGCUAGGAAACACGCCCAAACGCUUCCGUCCUCGAGUGGGAUUCGGACCCAGAACCUUGGGGGCACAGAAAACGGAGGUGUCCCAUACAGAAAAUGGAGACUUGUAAACAAAGACAGAGCGGACAGUGUUACCAACGCCAGGCGGAGAGGCGGCUUGGGGACGAUGUUUUACCCUGAGAAUAAAUAAGAUUGGACGGUUAUUGUCGUAGAUUCAGCUACUCAGAACAAUAAGUUCCGGUACCACGGGCUAUGGUGAGCCCGUGAGUGGAGGCUUUUUGGAGCCAUUAUCUGUAUCAGUGGCUGAUACUAGAGAUCUGCAAGAUUGGACGGCUUUUGGGAUCUGGUAACCGUGCAAGGCCCCAGCGGAAGCUAAAUAUUUUGUUAAUAUUAUAAUACCUAAUAAAGGUUUUCUCAAUUAUUAUAAAUAUAAUUUUAUAUGUAAAUAAAUUAUAUAAAAUUAUCAAAUUAUUCAUAAAAAUUCACAGAGGGCGAAGACCAAGCAUUAAAAGAAUGUAUUUUUAAAUUCAAAUGUGACAGUUUGUCUUAGCCAAUCGUAGCACUAGCAUCCCAGGCCCGCCAGCCAAUCAGUGAACCGGUUUCACAGGCAGCUUGCCAAUCAUAAACCAGCUUCCCAGACAGAGAGUCAAUUACAUAACUAGCUUCCGAGACAGCCAAUCAAGAAGUCACCCCGCCAACCACAGAGCAAUGAACUUCCACCCAAUCACGAUGCAAGCUUCCAAAUAGACUCACCAAUCACGAACCAAAUCAGCUCAUUCAUAGCCAAUCACGAAACCAUGUUUACCAUUAUUACAACCCAUCAAUAAGACUGCAGCGAGUCAAACAUUCCAAUCUAGCGCCAAAUUACCAAGAUAACCGAUCAUAUACCGAGCCAACCAAUCACAAGCCAGCACUCUCGAACAUGUAGAGAACAUGUUAAGAUCAUUCGACAAGUCUGUCUUAAAUAAGCUGAUAUAUGGGCUUACAUAAGCUGAUCUGAGCUUAGAUAUGCUAAUCUGGGGAUUAACUGAGCCAUAAGUGAGCUGACCGGCUCACGAAACUGGCUCUUGACUGACGUAGUUUGACCGCACUGACUGGUCAAGUCUAGCGCUUACGGAUGAACCUUCGCAGAUAUCUCUUCGUGCUGUUUCGUCACUGUUUCAGAUUCGUGGGAGGCCAGCGUCAGAACUUGGAAGGCGGGUGUGGUGGGCGUUGCUGUGGGCGUGGCAUGGGCGUGUGCAGCAUGGUGCGGCUGUGGGUGUCUUCGCGGGUGGUGGUGGGCGGCAGUCUGGCCGCCCUGGUGCUUCUCCUGCUGGUGAUCAAGAUCCUCCUUGGCAGCAGGACCUCCCUGAGUCUUCCAGCGGUGGUGGCCGACUACGAAGACCACUUCGCUAUAGACGUGGUGAUGGGCGUGGAGGGUGGAGUGGGCGAGGGUGGGUGGCGGGCGGCGGCCUGCACCCUACAGGCCAGUACCACCCCGCCGCCCUUCCCCGUCAGGCUGCCCAAAUUCACAGCUUCUUCCAGCGCCCAGAACAUCUUCUUCCUGGAGACUACGUGUGCGUCGGCCCUUAAUGCUAAGAUGGCGUGUGCAGUAGAGAGCGCAGCAGUCCACCACCCCGACCACCAGGUCAACCUAGCCCUCACGUCCACCCACGUAGGGGGCACAGAUGCCAUCAUCCACGCCCUCGCCUCCUACAGCAACAUCCACAUCUCCACGCUGGAUGUUGACGACGUCCUGGAGGGUGCAGGACGACUCGGCAAGUGGCUCCGAGGGAUGGAGUGGGCAAGGAGCGACUGGGCUGGAAUCAAUUUGUCGGAUGCGCUACGUCUGGGUGUGGUGUGCUCUGUGGGAGGUAUUUACCUUGACUUGGACAUGUGGACAGUGGCACCCUUGCCUUCCAGCGAGUCAUGGAUUGGUCGGGAACGCUGGGACCAUCUCUCCAAUGGUGCCUUCAAAAUCCCUAAGGAUCAUUGGCUGUGUGUAGAGGCCAUCAGGGAGCUGACGGAACACUUCCAGGGCAAUGUUUGGGGACACAACGGUCCAGGGGUCUUCCAGAGGGUGGUGAGGAAGGCUUGCAACAUCCAGAACAUCACUGAUGUCCACCAGUGCAAGGAUCUCGUAAUGUUGGCUCCCUCCACCUUCUACCCGCUCCACUGGAAGCGCUGGGAAGAACUCUUCGUAUCUGGUGGGGGCAUUUCUUGGACUUGGCCUCAAAACACUGUUGGAAUCCACCUUUGGAACAAGUUUAGUAAGGGGGCGCCCCUGCACCCCGGAGAUGGCUCGAUCGUUGACAAAACCUCACAGAAGAACUGCCCCAAAAUAUUCGACACAGUCACACAGAUCAGGAAGCUCAGAGAUAACUUGCAAAGAAGAAAGAUGCGCAAAAUAUCUUCAAGACACAGUUUGGAAGCAUGAGAAAAGCAUAUUAAUCUUCAGUUAUUAUGUUUAUAGCACAAAGUUACUAAGAGAAUGCUGUGUCCACAAUACCUGAGUAUAAAAGGUUACUUGUUCAAACCCAAAGCUGAGCAGAUGUUGCAACUUGCAGCUGUUGUUUGGGCAAUGAAAUAGAGAGGCUUUCUAGUAACGUCCUUACACCCAGUGCCCAGUGCCCAGUGCCCAGUGCCCAGUGCCAAGUACUCAGCUCAUAACAUGUAUCAGGGACCGUUUUCCAUUUACAUUAAACUAACAAAAAAAAUUGAAUCGUUAUUAGAAGUUAUGCGAUCUGGAAUAUGCAACAAUUAAUGGCAAUAACUGGGCUGAUAAUUAGACCCAAACCACAAACCUGACAAUCCAAGGCAAUAAUGAUAUUAGGGUUCAUCCUGGACCAUUAGCACAACCUAAUGAUGAUUCAGGACCAACCAAAUCACCGCCAAUUGUCUCUAUUUUCACAUUUCUGGCUUGGGUUUAAUUUGAAAUAUUUCAUGACCCUAAAAAUAUCCGUAAACCCCAGAUAAAUCCCAGAGGAAUAAUACAAAUAUUUUUGUCACAUAUGUGUAUAUGUAUUAUAAUUGAUUUAUAUAUUUUAUAUGUUUUAUUUUCACCAGCAGGCUGGUGAUGGUUAUAAAUAUUUUCAGUGACAAUAUAUACAUAUGAAGUUUUUUAUGGAGUGUAUAUUGUUAUACAUUGUAUAAGCUAAUGUGUAUACGCAUGUUAAAAAAAAAAGAACUCCAAGUCUACCUAUAUGUGUAAGUCAUCUUUAGUUUGUGCGUGCGUAUGAUUUACGCGUGCGUAUGACUUACGCGUGCGUAUGACUUAUGCGUGCGUAUGAUUUACGCGUGCGUAUGACUUACACGUGCGUAUGACUUACGCGUGCGUGUGACUUACGCGUGCGUAUGACUUAUGCGUGCGUAUGACUUACGCGUGCGUAUGACUUAUGCGUGCGUAUGACUUAUGCGUGCAUAUGACUUACGCGUGCGUGUGACUGACGCGUCGCUGCUGAUCUGACGCUCCUGUGUUGGAAGACAAGACAGUGAUGCUCAGAGUUUGGGUUUCACAUUUUACUGUUAGUGAAGUGUUUAGGUGUAUGUACUACAUAUUAGUGAAGUGUUUAGGUGUAUGUACUACAUAUUGGUGCCAAAAUGGGGGGGGGGAGGAUGGGUAAUUAUGUUGGGAGAUUGAGAGGAUUACACACUGUGUAAUGUGUUCAUUGUCCAACGCCACCAUUGUUACUGCCAGAAUUAUCUGACACCAUCAUCAUCAUCAUCAUCGUCAUCUGACACCAUCCUUGGUGUCACCAUUAGUUGGAUAACAUCGUUAUCAGACACUAUUAGUAUGAUAACAGGUUUCCUCUGAUGCCAUUAGCACUACUAUACGGUGUUGUUUGACACUAUUGCCAUCAGUAGUUUGAUCAACCCUUCCUCGUGAGUUGUCACAAUGGACAGAAAAUGACGUACUAACCUAACCACUGGACCCGUGCACAUAAAACAUGGUUGAUUGCGAGCUGCUGUGAUUUAUAGCACAUCAUAUUAUGUCCGUUUGGGGAUUUUGACGUCAAAAUGUUAUGUAGUAUUCGAGAGGACAAGCUGGUCUAACGACACCAUUGUUGCUAGUUGUUUGAUGCCGCCAUUUUAACCACUAUUGUUUGCGUCGUUAUUGUUAUAUCUGACUUGUUGAUUAUUAUGAUAUCUACCAUG